AUGGAGUUCCCAUUUUUCCAUGGAAAGAUAACAAAAAAAACCUGUGAAGAACUGCUGAGCAAGAACAGAAAGAAUGGUAGCUAUUUAAUACGAGAGAGUGAAAGCGUGGAAGGAGCCUUGUGUCUCUGUGUUUUCUUUGAAGAAAUCAUCUACACUUAUCGUAUCUUCAGGGAACGCAGCGGAUAUUUUAGAAUACAGACUUCUGAAGGUGUUCCCCAGAGGAUAUUCGGAACGUUAAAGGACCUAAUAUACAAUUAUGAAAAGCCAAAUCAAGGACUAAUUACAAACCUUCGCUACCCAGUAAAGAAACCAAAGGCCUCACAAAGAAGCCAGAGGUUCAAGUCAGGAAAGGAUGACGUUUAUGAUGAAGUUUAUGAAAGCGAUUACAUCACUGUCUUACCGUGA